AUGGGGCGUGCACCGAAGUGGUUCCCGAAGUUCAAGAAGGCACUCCCCCGCGUGGACGGCAAGGUUUUCGCGAUCACCGGCACAACAUCUGGUACUGGCUUUGUGGCAGCAUGGGUCGUGGCUGAGCUUGGUGGAACAGUCCUCCUGCUGAAUCGCACGUCCCAGCGGGUCAGCGAUUCUAUGGACCAGUUGAAGACCAUCGUGCCCGAGGGGAAGUUUAUCGACGUUGCGUGCGACCUCCAGGAUUUCGAGAGUGUCCGGAAAGCCGCAGCGGAGAUCAAGUCCAAGUAUGAGAAGCUGUACUGCCUCUCCCUGAAUGCAGGCAUCAUGGCCACGCCAGACAAGGCAACCAAGGACGGCUAUGACACACAGAUGCAGACGAAUCACCUCUCGCACUUCCUGCUUGCAGCGGAGCUCUUCCCGUUGUUGCAAGCCGAAGCCGAAGCCUCCGGGGAUGCUCGCAUUGUGACUCACUCCAGUCUGGGACGUCUUCACACUGUGAACAAAGGUUUGGAGGAGAAGUACUUCGGGAAGAACGGUGGCAACUUGGGCGGAGACUCACUGAAAAUGAUGGGUGGGGCCUGCUAUCAUCGCUACUUCCAGACCAAGUUGGCCAACUCCGUCUUCACUUACGGGCUCCACGAGAAGCUGAAGGCCAAGAACUCCAAAGUCAGGUCCUUGACCUGUCACCCAGGUGGAUCUGCCACGAACCUCAGCAAUGGCCUCAAGUUCGGAUGCUGCACGGAUUGCUGCCUGAGCUGCUGCAUCAUGCCUUUCAUGGCCCAAUCCCCGGAGGAUGGUUCCAUGGGUCUCAUCAAGUGCAUGGUGGAUCCUGAGGCGGUGAGUGGAACACUCUACGGCCCGAAGAACGCCGGCCUCACGGGCCCAGCAGUUGCCAACCCGAUCCAAGCCUACGAGACGGAUCCCAAAGCUAUCGAGAUGCUGUGGAGGACAAGCGAGGAGGCCACUGGCGUGAAGUUCGACGUCUGA